CUAUGUUAAAUAAAUUCGUAUUCACAACAAAUUACUCCUAAAAAAAACGUAUUAUGUAGUAAUAUACUAUGUAUUUCCUUUCUUAAAUGCUAGCUUGAAAUAUCUGUGUUUUGAUGUCUCUUUAACGACUUUGACCCACCCAGCGUCAACGUAGAACUUGAACACGUUCCAUACACCCUGUCUCUCACUCUUUCUCUGCUUCUAAUAAAAAAUUUCCCACUGUGGCAAUUGAAAGAACACUCAAAAACAAAUAAUGCUGCACCUCAAAAUCUCUUGUGCUCCUUAUCCUUUGUUUUGUUUGAUCACUCUGAGCGUUGUUGCAUUAAUAACUACAGAAGCAGUUACUGAUGAGACCUACGCGGUUCACUACUGUCCAAACACAACAACUUAUUCUCCCAACAGCAUUUACCAAACUACCCUCAACCAGCUCCUUUCAUGGCUCACGUCAAACUCCUCAACCGCCAAAAACGGUUACUACAACACUACCAUCGGCGCCAACACCCCUAACAACACCAUCUACGGCUCCUUCCUCUGCCGUGGAGACCUCACCACCACCGCAUGCCACGACUGCGUUUCCGCCGCAGCCAAAAAGGUUCUUCAACCUGAUUUCUGCCCCGUGGGGAAGGAAUCGGUUAUAUGGUUCGCAGAGUGCAUGGUUCGUUACUCGGACCAACCGUUUUUCUCUGUAGCUGCUGAGGUUCCUGUGUAUUCCCUAUCCAACACGGGAAACGUGCCAGAUGAAAGCCACUUCAUGACGGUGUUAGGAGACACGAUGAAUUCGGCGGCGGAACAGGCGGCCAAGGGUGGCGCUGACAAGAAGUUUGGUACCAAAGAAGCAAACAUUUCAAGCUUCCAGACUCUAUACACGCUAGCACAGUGCACACCGGAUUUGUCAGAAUUUGGAUGCCAGAAAUGCCUCAAAAUAGGAACUGGACAAUUACCUUCUUGCUGUGAUGGAAAGUUAGGAGGAAGAGUGCUGAUUCCAAGUUGUAAUGUUAGGUUUGAAUUGUACCCCUUUUACCAUGAGAUGGAUGUCCCUCUGCCACCACCACAGUCCAACCCAAACCCAAAAGAUAAAUCCAAUAUAGAUGCAGUAUUAAUAAUCGCAAUUGUAGUUCCAAUUGUGAUUGUUUUGUUGCUUUUCUUGGCUGCCUUAUGGAUCAUAUCUACACGGACAAGAAGGAAGAAGAACAAUUCGGUGCCAGAGGGAACUCUGGAAAGUAGUGUUCAAAUUUCCAGCGUAGAGUUCUUGCAAUUUGAUGUUGAUACAAUCAUAGAGGCCACAAACAACUUUUCUGGUGGCAAUAAAUUAGGGGAAGGAGGAUUUGGUGAGGUUUACAAGGGUACACUACCUAAUGGGCAAGAUAUUGCUGUGAAGAGACUAUCAAGAAACUCUAGACAAGGAAUAAUUGAGUUUAAGAAUGAGGUACUUUUGGUAGCCAAACUCCAACAUAGAAAUCUUGUUAGGCUACUCGGAUUUUGCUUGGAUGGAGAAGAGAAAAUGCUCAUCUAUGAAUUUGUUGCAAACAAAAGCUUGGACCGUUUUCUAUUUGAUGCCAGCAAACAACACCAGUUGAGUUGGCCAAGACGAUACAAAAUCAUAGAAGGAAUUGCUCGAGGGAUACUCUAUCUUCAUGAAGAUUCCCGACUCAGAAUCAUACAUCGUGAUCUUAAAGCCGGUAAUAUACUACUAGACGAGGACUCAAACCCAAAAAUCUCAGAUUUUGGAAUGGCAAGACUUUUCGGUGCUGAUCAAACUCAAGCAAACACCAAUAGAGUUGUUGGAACAAUUGGAUACAUGCCUCCAGAAUAUGCAAUGCGUGGACAAUUUUCUGAUAAAACGGAUGUCUACAGCUUCGGUGUCUUAGUUCUAGAGAUAAUAUCAGGAAAGAAGAUAACAUCCUUCUAUGAUUCAGGCUAUGCAGGGGACCUCUUGAACUAUGCUUGGAAACAUUGGAGAGAUGGGACCCCAUUGGAGCUACUAGACAUGAGUCUGAGAGAAUCAUAUUCAAGAGCCGAAGUGAUUAAAUGCAUCCAUGUUGGGUUAUGCUGUGUACAAGAGGAUCCAGCACAAAGACCAACAAUGCAGGCUAUAGUUCUAAUUCUAAAUAGCCAUACAGUUACUCUUGCAAGUCCUGCACAACCACCAGCUGGUUAUAUUGGGAGCAGAUCUCACUCCAAUUUCCCAACAAAAGAGAUGGUGAACUCAUCAUCAGACAAGUCUACAAACACAAGCACAAGUCAGAGUUCAAUAAAUCGGCCAACUUUGCCAUCAAAGGAGAUGGAAAACUCAAAUGUGUCUACCUCCAUUACAGAGGUCUACCCUCGCUAGCUAGUGAUAUAUUUGUUCAACUAAAAUUCCAAACUGAACUUCAUUCACUAAUGAUUUAGUUAUUUGCCCAUUGCAUAGUGGGCUCAUAGUCCCUGCUAAAAAGAAACAAAAAUAUUAUUGGGCACCCAAAUUUGUAUUAUGUUAGGCACCUUAAAUCUAAUAAUUGACACAAGUUUCUUGUUACAAAA